AUGAGUUGCUCCAAAUCGAGUGGAAUACCUGAGGUGGUGGCUGCGGCGAAGGGUGGUGCAUCCCACAAGGCGUCGAAGCAGUCGCUGACUAAAGUCACCAGGAAGCUGCCCAAGCAGCAGAGGAAAUCUCGCAAGCAAAGCUAUUCCACUUACGUGUACAGGCACAUCAGCUCCGAGGCUUCGCACCUCAUUCACUACAACAAGUGCCACACCAUCCCAGCCAGGGAGAUCCAGAGUGUCAUCUGCCUCAUGCUGCCAGGGGAACUGGCCAAACAUGCCAACUUCAAGGGCACCAAAGCGGUCACCAAAUAUACCAACUCCAUUUAG